AAGCUGAGAAGGGCGUAGAGAUCCGUCCUUCCCGCCGAGCCUUUGUUUUCGAUCUGGAAGCGUCUGAAGGAUCCGAGGUCACGUCUCGUUUCCUGCCUGAGGGUCGGCAGUCUGCGAUUUCCUCUAUUCCCUAUGGCCGGUGCCCGGGCGCUGGGCGAAAGUGGUGGGGGCGGUGUAGCCGCCAUGGACUAUUCAGUACAUGAGGCUUGGAACGAAGCCACCAACAUUUACUUAUUGGCGGUGCUCGCCAGCUUGGCCCUGUUGGUGUACGCCCGCAGAAACAAGAGGAAGAUUAUGAGGAUUUUUACAUUACCUCCAACUGUAGAAAUACCACCUGAACCAAAUUUUUAUGACAGCAUGAAAAAAGUCCGUCUUCGCCAGCAAUUAGAGAUGUAUUCUAUUGACGAUUGAAGAAACCUAUGCCAGCAGACCCGAUUUGAAGGAUGAACCCCUCCCUCAUCCAGAUGUUGCCUUGUACACGGAUGGCACCAGUUUUCUGCACAAUGGCCUUCAGAAAGCGGCAUAUGCAGUGGUCACGUUGGAUGACAGUUGGGAAGCAGAACCUCUCCCUGCGGGUAUCAGUGCCCAAUUAGCCGAAUUGCAUGCAUUAACGCCCUAGAGUUAGCCCAAGACCUCAGAGUCAAUAUCUACACCGACUAAAAAUAUGCCUUCCUCACGGUGCAAGUGCGUGGAGCUCUUUACAAGGAAAGAGGCCUCAUCACGGUGGGAGGAAAGGACAUUAAAUAUGGCCCUCAAAUUCUAUGCCUACUGGACAGUGCGUGGGCCCCAGGGAGGUUGCUGUCAUGCACUGCCGGGGCCACCAGAAGGGGGUGUCAGACACUGAACGGGGCAAUAAUAAAGCUGAUGGCACAGCUUGGGCGGAGGCUUUUCAGCCCCUCAUGAUGCAGGCCACAUGCCUGACCCUGUGGACCCCCCCCCCCCCCCACAGCAACACCCACAUCUUACUCCCCUCAGGAGGUACAACAGGCAGAGGCAUUAGGGCCCUCCGUAGUGGGGACUUGGUGGGUACUUCCUGACAAUCGGGUUUUUGUUCCCCAACACUUGGCAUGGGAGGCGGUUUACUCUCUCCAUAAGUCCCUCCACCUGGGAAAAACGGCAUUGGAGAAGGCUUUGUUACGGGAGGUGUAUAUUGAUAAUAUCUCUCGCCUAGCAGCCAGUGUUUGUGCCCGGUGUCAUAUUUGUGCUGCUAACAACCCCCAACAAAGCCCAUUGCUCCCCCAGGGACAUGAACCCAAGGGAAUAUACCCUUUUGAUUCACUUACGAUUGAUUUCACCGACAUGCCGCACUCGGACCAGUAUACGGCGAUGUUAAUCAUUGUCUGUACUUAUACAGGAUGGCCUGAAUGUAUUCCUACCAGAACCAAAAGGCUUUUGAGGUGACAUAGCUGGCGGGUGCCCAAUCUUCUUGCUCCCCAGUCCAUAACUACUACCCAGAUAGUGGAUUCGGUUAAAAUUAAGCAAUUGCAAGCCCUUAAUGCCAUAGUCCACUAGCUACAGAAAAUGCAUAGUAGGUAUGUAUUAAUAUUCAUAAUGUAAUCAACAGCAAGACCCUUGGGGGGGGUGUCUUACACUCAGGUGAUAUUCUGGUCACUUUCUCCCACCUGCCUCAUUUCCCCCUUUUGAAACUUCACCCUAAUCAAGGAUUAUUGUGUAGUUUCAUAAAUGUUAGGGUCCUGGUCAUCCGUAGGCAGGGUGGUAUAAUCCCAUAUCUCCAGAGCUCUUGUAGCCGCCAUCUUUUCUACGAACAAGGACAUGGUAUUGGUUAUGGUGCGCACAAAGAUUGGGAGAAUGCAGGGCAGGAUAACACAAGCAGAAGCUAUCAGGCCAAUCGGGAAGGCUCCAGGAACUAACUUCAUUUCUGUUGAACUAUUAAAGAAUAAUAUGGAGUGAUAGAUUCCAGUCCUGGCAACACUAUUCACUUAUAUUGACUCCAUGGUCAUGUCCCAGAGGAUUGGGGGCUGGCAAUUGUCCCAAUUUUUUAAAAAAGGAAAGCGAGACGAGCAUGCUAAUUACAGACUAGUAAGUCUGCUAAAUAUAAUCAGCAAUCUCUAUGCCAAACAUCUUCAAGAUAAAUGAAAGGAGUGGCUGGAUCCUGAGAACUUAAUUGCUGAAGAGCAAGCUGGUUUGGAAAGGGGAGAGUGCUUAGUCCUCUAUCACUUGAUUGAAAAAUAUGCAUUAAAUAGAUCUGUAUCAUAGGUCACCUUUAUAGAUCUCAAGGCAGCUUUUGAUAUGGUUACCAGGACUAAGCUAUGGAAGAAGCUGAAAGCUGCUUCAUUUGAUCAUAGGCGUCUCCAUUUGUUAUGUGGCUUACAUAUUAAAACAUCCUGUGAUGACCCCAGCAAGGCAUGGAUGCAACAGUUAGCUGAUAGUUCAAACUUCCCUUUCUUGUUCCAAUUUUCCCCCAAAUGCUCCCACGUUUGUGGCAGGUUCUGGAGCAAAACGCUCACGCACAACUCCAGCAGCCUCUGGCUGUGAGUAGUCCAGCAAAAUGCUGUUAGCACAACCACUUCCAGGCAAUAAAUCUAGCAAGGCAAGGGAAUAUGGAAGUGACUUCCACAAAGCAAAGGAAUAAGGCAAUGAGCCACAAAGCAAAGGACACAAAACUCCACAAAUUCAGUUUUCUGACAAACACCCUCCCCACAGCAUCUCCUUAAAUCUCAGUCCCCAGAUGUUCCUUGUGAAGAGGGGCAGGGUGCUCCCCUCCUGAAUUGUCAGAUCUUCCUGUGCUGUUCCCGCUUCUCUACUCUCUUUACUUGUGGAUCAGGAGGGAACGGUCCUUGCUUGUAGCCUGAGUUCUGUCGCUCCACAUCUCCACUGCCUGUCCUCUCUUCCUACCCCCCCCCCCCCCGCUCGAUCAUCCUGACCCUUCUUCCCUGCUGGCAAGCCAUCCAACACCCAAGGGACCCAGGGCCACCUCAUCCAGCUCCUUCCCUGUUCUUUCAAAGCCAACAAGGCUGCCCCCUCAACCUCUGUUGGACCUAGCACUGGCUCAUCCUCCUCCAUGGACUCAGGGUCCGAGGGGGCAUGAUACAUCCCUCAAGGUUAGGUGUCAUAUGCAAGGGGUCCUUUUAAGGUUGUUCCAAACUCAAAGCAGAGGUGAACAGGUGCAUUUUGGCCCCCUUGGUUUUCAACUUGUAUAUUAAUGACAUGGUUAAAUAAGCCAAAUUACCCCCCCCCAAAAAAAAAAAAUAGGUGAUCGAAACAUCACACUGUUGCUCUAUGCAGAUGAAACUGUGAUCCUCUCCAGGGCACCAGUAAAUUUUAAAACCCUUGCAAGCCCUUGUCAAGUAUUGUAAUUACAAUAAACUGACAUAAAUUACUAGAAAACUAAGGUUAUGCCAUUGCAAAAAGGCCAAAACUCUGUUCAUAAUUUCUUAAUGGUCAUGACAUAGAGCAAGUUAACCAGCUUUAAGUAUCUAGGUGUGGUCAUUCUUGCUACCAGCUCAAGAAAAGCACAUGGUGAAUGUGCACUUGUCUCGGGCCAAAGAUCAACAAACACUAUUUCCAAUUUUUUCCACACAAAGGGAGGGUACUAUGUCCCUGCUGCAAUUAAGCUCUUUCAAGCCAAGUUGCUAGCACAGCUUGUUUAUAGGAUCUUGCUCAGACCCUCAGCUUCAUGUUUCACACCAUUGGAAAGAGUUCAGUCCAAAUUUAUUAGAGCAAUUCUCCAGAUACUGCAUUGUCUGUGAAUGCCCUUCUAUGCCUGGAGACAGGAUUAAUAAAAGUCGAGGUAAGAAUCGGUAUAGCUUCUUUAAAUCUUUGGCUAAAGCUUUUUUUUUUCACAAGGCCUUGCUCCAUUAAUUCUCUAAAAUAAAUUCUCCUCUCUAUGGAUCAAGACCGUCAAGUCCAAUCUUGCCAAACUAGGCUUUUCUCCAAUUUCAAUACUCAAGUUGGACUAUGACCAAGCAAAACAAAACUUGCAACAAAGGGUAGAAGACAUCGAGAGGCAAGCAGCCUUAGAGAAAGCACCAUUGUUUCUGGCUCCAGACUCUAUUAGAUAUGUUGUUACUCAUGCCAGUUAUUUUAGCCCAUUGGAGACCGCGAACCACCAGAAAGCAUUUUUGCUUUCAAGUUGUCAUGCGCUUCCAUCAACCGUCCUGCAUGGCAAAUAUAAAAAGAUACCAUUGAUUAAAAGACUGUCCCUGUGGCUCAGGAGAGGUGGAGACUCUUGGAAACAUACUUCUUCAAUGCUCAUUUUAUAGAGUUAUUAACAAAAACAUAUUCUCCCAAUAAUUGAUAGAUAUCCUGACCAUUCCAACACUACUAAUCUCCAAUGGCUGCCUAAGAACGAAUCGACUGUGAUUACAGUGCAGGUGGCUAGAUUCUGCACAGCAGCACUGGGGAUUCGUUGAAAACACAUGAUUAAUCCAUCAUAGCUGUUUUACAUAAUUAAUGCAGCUCAAUUAAUACAACUCUGUUGUAUUUUAGUAUUUAAUGACUAUGGGUACAGUUUAGGAUAGGUAUUAUAGUAUAGCUAGGACAUGUGUGACUUUCUCAUGUGUAACUGACAGAUUAGAUGCCAAAUUGUGGUUUUAAUAUGGAUUUUAUUUGUUAUUAAUUACUUUAUUCUAGAAUUUUUAAUUGCAUGUUCCUUGAGUGUUUUUAAUUCUGACUGUAAUGUCUGGUUCUGGUCUCUGGCUGUAAUAAACAUUGAGUUAUAGUUAGUUACAGUGUACAGGAUGCACACAACAGGAAUGGGGGACUUUGACUACACUUACAUUAACUGGGAGACAAACUCUGCAUCUAGUUGAAGAUCAAACAGAUUCCUGAUAAACCUAGCAGACAAUUUUUUUCUCCCAAAAGGUAUUGAAGGAAACUAGAGUCAGCCAUAUUGGACUUAGUUCUCACUAACAGAGAUGAAAUGACAGAAGGGUUGAAAUUACAGGAAUGAGGAGGGGGGGGGGCUAGACAAUAUUGGACUUCAAUGCAAGCUCAAUUGGAAUUCAAUGCAAAAGUGAAGUUAUAAAAACCUAGUAUAAAACAAUAUUAUUGGAGAAGAAAAUUAAGAGAUUCCUGAAGAAACCAUCAUGGUUGCACAAAAACCUCUCUGAUAAAAGGACAAAUAUAAAAAAGUAGAAAGAGGGGCUUAUAAUAUCAGCAAAUCCAAACUGCAAAGAUGAAAACUAAAGCUUAGAAUGAACUAAGAUUUGCAAUGAAUUUUAACAAUUAAAAAAGUUUCUUUCAAGAUGUAAAAAAACCAUGAAAAAAGUAACGGAAAUGAUCGGACCACUAACAGGAGAAGAUGGCAAGCAGGUGACCGGCAACAGAGAGAAAGCAGAGCUGCUUAACUCAUUUUUUAUAUCUAUCUUUACACAAAAAGGAAAAACAAUCCAACCUCUCAAAAACAGUACAGAAAAAGAAAGAUUAGGAAUAUAAAUCAGAAAACAGUAAGAUAACACCUAUCCACUCUAAAUGAGUUAAUAUCACCAGGUGGCGACAGAUUACAUCUCAGAUUCUGAUAGUGCUGGCAGACAAGAUCUCAACCACUGAAUCAUCUUUCAAAAAUGCUAGAGGACCGGGGAACUACCAGAAGAUUCAAAAAGAGUUGACAUAAUUCCCAUCUUCAAAAAAAGGGGGGGGGGAUGGAUCUAGGAAACUACAGAGCUAUCAGCCUGACAUUAAUACCUGGGGGAAUCCUGAAAAAAGAUAAGCAAUGAAUCUGCAAAUACCUAGGGACAAACAAACCAGAUGUCUAUUUUUUGUCAAAAAUAGAUCAUCCCAGCCAAUACCUAUUAUACCUCUUGACAAAAGUGUCUAAAUUUGUACACCAGUAAAAUGCUAUGGGCAUAAUAUACUUAGGUUUUAGUAAGUCAUUUGAUAAAGUAGACCACAGCUUUCCAUUUGUAACAUAGAAAAAAUUGAUAAGGCUGCAUCAUCAGAUGAAUUCAUAACUGGCUGAUUAAUCACACUAAACAUGUAGUUA